AUGUAUGAAGAACAUUAAUCUGAUCAUUUUCAGGAUCAGUUCGGAGCGGCGGAAGGAGAAAUCUCGGGAUGCUGCAAGGUGUCGAAGGAGUAAAGAAUCGGAGGUCUUUUAUGAACUGUCCCACCAGCUGCCUCUGCCUCACAAUGUCAGCUCUCAUCUUGAUAAAGCCUCCAUAAUGAGACUCACCAUUAGUUACCUGCGUAUAAGAAGGCUCCUCGAUGCCGGUGACAUGGCUGGAGAGUCUGAAAUGGAGAAACAGCUAAACUGCUUUUAUCUGAAAGCCUUGGAGGGAUUUGUUUUGGUCCUGACUGAGGAAGGGGAUAUGAUCUACCUGUCUGAAAAUGUCAACAAGUGCAUGGGACUCACACAGUUUGAGCUGACUGGGCACAGUGUGUUUGACUUCACCCAUCCCUGUGAUCAUGAAGAGUUGAGGGAGAUGCUGACAUUUAGAAAUGGACCAGCAAAGAAAGGUAAAGAGCAAAUCACAGAGCGCAGCUUCUUCCUGCGUAUGAAGUGCACACUGACAAGCCGGGGGAGAACUGUGAAUAUCAAGUCUGCCACGUGGAAGGUUCUUCACUGCACGGGGCACAUGCGUGUGUAUGACAGCUGCAACAGCCAGAACAAUUGUGGAUAUAAGAAACCACCCAUGACCUGUAUGGUGCUGAUCUGCGAACCCAUCCCCCACCCAUCAAAUAUUGAAUUUCCAUUGGACAGUAAAACCUUCCUGAGCCGCCACAGCCUUGACAUGAAGUUUUCUUAUUGUGAUGAAAGAGUUACAGAGCUAGUGGGAUAUGAGCCAGAUGAACUUCUGGGGCAGUCAGUGUAUGACUAUUAUCACGCCCUGGACUCUGACCAUCUGACCAAAGCACACCAUGACAUGUUCACAAAAGGGCAGGUGACAACAGGACAGUACAGAAUGCUGGCCAAGAAAGGUGGCUAUGUGUGGGUGGAGACACAAGCAACAGUUAUAUAUAACACAAAGAACUCUCAGCCCCAGUGUAUCGUGUGCGUGAACUAUGUCCUCAGUGACAUUGUGGAGAAAGAGCUGAUCUUGUCCCUUGGCCAGACAGAGUCCACGCUGGAGUCUGUGGAGUCUGCUGAGGUGAAGAUGCCACCGAUCUUCACUAAACUGGAUGAGGAGGAAGACACAGAAAGCCUGUUUGAUAAACUGAAAAAGGAGCCUGAGUCACUUACUGUUCUUGCACCUGAUGCUGGAGAUGAGAUCAUUGCCUUGGACUUCAGUUCUAGUGUAGAUUCGGAGCCCCAGUAUAACGAUGCCCCAUUGUAUAAUGACGUUAUGCUACACUCAACAAGUAAGCCUCCUGAAAACAUCCUGGUGUCUCCGCUUCCAGCGCCAGAAAAGCCCAAGCCUCUGCGUAGCAAUGCCGACCCUGCGCUGAACAGAGAGGUGGUGAUCAAGAUGGAGUCUAGCGCAGAACAGCUGGAGCUGGCUUUUACCAUUCCACAGCUCUCCAAGCCAUCUAGUCCAUCAGAAAUCAGCAGCGACCAGAGUUCCACAGAGCCUGGCACUCCUGCAGAAUAUCGUUUUGAUGAAGAUAUGGACAUUUCCCGGGAGUUUAAGAUGGACUUGGUAGAGAAACUUUUUGCCAUUGACACAGAAACAAAGACUCCAUUCUCUACACAGGAAACAGACUUGGACCUGGAAAUGUUGGCUCCAUAUAUCCCAAUGGACGAUGACUUCCAGCUAAGAAGCUUUGAUCAGCUUUCUUCCCUGGAGACUGAUUCCAGUCAUCCGCAGUCCCUGGGAAGCAUGACCAGUCUCUUUCAGCCCUCUACUGCUUCACCCACCACCGAUCUGAAACCAAUCACCACAGAAGCCAUGAGCGAUCCAAAAACCAUCAUUGUGCACCCACCUACACCAGCCAUUAAAGAGGUGCUAAGCACCCCUGCUUCUCCAUAUAAUGGAAACCGAAGUCGCACAAGUUCUCCUGUGAGAACAGACAAAGCAGCUGAAAAGGACAGAUCCCGCCCUGGAACUCCCAAUAUAACAAGUUCACUAAAUAAAAGAUCUGCAGUCCUGGACGAUGAAUUGAGCCCAAAGAUGAUCGCUUUACAUAAUGUCCAGAGAAAACGCAAAAUUGAAAGCGAUGGCCCUUUGUUUCAAGCAGUGGGACUAGGAACGAUAUUUCAAACGAAUGUUGAUCCAGGUCCAAACUCUCCUUUGUUAUGGAAAUGUGUCAAAGUGUCAGACUCUGAUAAACCAACUGGACCUGAACAAAGAACAAUACUCUUAUUGUCUACAGACAUGGCCAGUCGAUUGCUUGGACAGUCGUUGGAUGGCACUGGGCUUCCUCAGCUAACCAGCUAUGACUGUGAAGUGAAUGCCCCCAUACAAGGAAACAGAAAUCUGCUGCAGGGCGAGGAAUUAUUAAGAGCCCUUGAUCAAGCUAACUGA